UGAGCCACACAGGAGCAGCAGCAGCAGCAACCAUGAAGUUUCAGGCUCCUCUCCUCUUUCUGCUCCUCACCUGCAUGUACCUGAGACUGGCACAAGGCACAUAUGGGGACUGCUGCCUCGGGUACGUUCUUGCGAUGAAAGAAAAAGUAAAGAGAAAUAUUGAAAGUUACAGGAUACAGGAAACAGAUGGGGAUUGCAACAUCAGAGCUGUUGUGUUUCUGAUGAAGAGGAAGCCCUCACAUAAAAAACAGAGGACAGUCUGCGCCAAUCCACAAGAUGGCUGGGUCCAGCAUCUGACCAGCACUGUGGAUAUUCAAAUGCAAAAAUAGACGAAUAAACGGGGGAAAGAGAAAAAAAGAAGAAAAGAAUGGGAGGGAGGAGAGCGGCUGUUUCACAUCCCCUGUCGGGAAUCAUAUAUCACCUUGAACCAGAUGGAUUAGGUUUCAGUAGAUUAGGUAUUUCCUGUUUACCAGAACAUACCAUGAGCUCAAAGUUAUACCCAGUAUAGCAAAAUUCAUUUAUAUGAGUCAUUGUUUGAGUAAUUGUUCUGUGAUAUCUAGAGCCUGCAACAAGUGAGCCACUAUUAGGCAGCUUUGAAACGUAUUUGCAGAGAAUGUAUGCGUGCUUGAGUAAAGGUGUGUGUGUAUGUAUGUGUGUGUAUAUAUACCACUUUUGUUGUUAAGCUUUUGUAAGACUUAUGUUUUAUAUAGAACAGAUAUCCAUAUUUUUGUAUCAGCACUCAAUUGUACUUUGUGUCUCCCUGUAGCAAAUAAAGAAGCAACACAAACAAAGA